UGUCCCUAAUCAAUUGUGGCCAAACCUAGGUCGAUCCUAAGUAACUUGAACCGCGGGUAAACCAAGAAUAAUAUUUCUGCGACCUUGAACCGCAGGAGUUUAUGAUUGGUUUCACCAGCAAUGCACGCUUCCACGAAGGCGAUAACAUGUACGCACCCAAGUCUUCAUCUAUCCCACCCGAACAUCGAAUCAUUCGUGUGGAACAACCUCAUUCGAGCCACGACCAGAACCAAACCUCAAAAUUCAGCUUUUCCACCACCACUCUCUAUUUACCUUCGCAUGCGCCUCCAUGCGGUGCUCCCCGAUCUUCACACCUUCCCAUUCCUCCUCCAAUCCAUCAACAACCCUCUUCAAGGACGCCAACUCCACGCUCAAAUCUUCCUCUUUGGUCUAUCCAGCGAUCCUUUUGUUCAAACCUCCCUCAUCAACAUGUACUCAUCUUGUGCCACCCUCACCUACGCCCGCCAAGUGUUCGACAAAAUCACUCACCCCGACAUAACCUCUUGGAAUGCCAUCGUCCACGCAAAUGCCAAAGCGGGAAUGAUUCACAUUGCGCGGAAACUUUUCGAUCAAAUGCCUGAAAGGAACGUCAUAUCGUGGAGCUGCAUGAUUUACGGUUACGUAAGCUGCGGCGAGUACAAGGCGGCGCUUUCUUUGUUUCGCAGAUUGCAGAUGUUGCAAGGUCGUGAGCUGCAACCCAAUGAGUUCACCAUGUCAGCUGUGAUCUCAGCUUGUGCGCGGUUAGGUGCGCUAGAGCAUGGGAAAUGGGUUCAUGCUUACAUUGAAAAAAGUGGGAUAGAAGUCAACCUUGUGUUAGGGACGUCUUUGAUAGACAUGUAUGCCAAGUGUGGAAGCAUUGAAAGGGCCAAGUGCAUAUUUAAUAACAUGGGUCCUGAAAAGGAUGUGAUGGCUUGGAGUGCCAUGAUUGCUGCUUUUGCCAUGCAUGGACUUUCCGAGGAUUGCCUUGAACUGUUUGCUAAGAUGGUAAAUGAUGGGGUGAGGCCAAAUGCUGUGACUUUUGUGAGUGUUCUUUGUGCUUGUGUGCAUGGGGGUUUGGUUAGUGAAGGAAAAGAGUAUUUCAAGAGGAUGAGGAAUGAGUAUGGGAUCAAUCCUACAAUUCAACAUUAUGGUUGCAUGGUAGACUUGUACAGUAGAGCGGGUCGUAUUGAGGAUGCUUGGAAUGUGGUGAAAUCAAUGCCUAUAGAACCUGAUGUCAUGAUAUGGGGAAGUCUUCUUAGUGGAGCUAGGAUGCAUGGGGACAUUGAAACUUGUGAAAUAUCCAUAACGAAGCUUCUUGAGUUGGACCCCACAAAUAGUAGUGCCUACGUGCUUCUUUCUAACGUGUAUGCCAAGCUGGGACGGUGGAGGGAAGCGAGGCAUUUGAGAGAUGUUAUGGAGGUCAGGGGCAUCAAGAAAGUUCCAGGGUGUAGUUUGGUUGAGAUUGAUGGCGUUAUUUGUGAGUUUUUUGCGGGAGAUAAUUCUCAUCCAGAAACGCGAGACAUAUAUAGGAUGCUUGAUGAGAUUAUGAAGAGGUUGCAAAAGCAUGGUUAUGCACGUAACACUGGGGAGGUAUUGCAUGACUUGGAUGAGGAAGGAAAGGAGUUUGCGUUGUCCCUUCACAGUGAAAAACUGGCAAUUGCAUAUUGCUUCCUUAGGACAAGCCCGGGUACCACAAUUCGGAUUGUGAAGAACUUGAGGAUAUGUAGCGAUUGUCAUGUAGCAAUUAAGAUGAUAUCUAGGGAAUUUAAUAGGGAAAUUAUUGUUAGAGAUUGCAACCGGUUUCACCAUUUUAAAAAUGGGCUUUGCUCCUGCAAAGACUACUGGUAACUAUAAUGGAAAACUCUGGUAACACUUCAAAUUCUAGCAAAUUCUAACAAA